AUGGUGGACACAGGUUUAGUCAGAACGGUUAUUGGCAUUAUCGGAAAUAUCAUCUCUUUGAUCAUGUUUCUCUCCCCAAUACCAACAUUUUAUAGAAUAGUAAAGCAAAAAACAGUAUCAGAUUUCAAGCCGGAUCCCUACGUUGUAACAUUGCUGAAUUGUGCCUUAUGGGUCUUCUACGGCAUGCCCUUUGUCCAUCCUGACAGCAUUCUUGUGGUAUCAAUCAAUGGCGCUGGAGUUGUCAUCGAACUAGUCUACAUUCUCCUCUUCCUCAUCUUUUCUCUAGGCUCACAACGCCUAAAGAUCUUUAAAGCACUUGUGGUUGAAGUUAUCUUCUUUGUUAUUGUGGUUUUGGUUACCAUGUACAUUUUCCAUACAACUAGACACCGGUCUUUGGUAGUUGGAAUCAUCUGCAUUAUCUUCAACAUCCUUAUGUAUUUAUCACCCUUGACAGUCAUGCGUAUGGUGAUCAAGACAAAGAGCGUGAAGUAUAUGCCAUUUUACCUGUCACUUGCCAACUUCUUCAAUGGAGUUGUUUGGCUGGUCUACUCACUCCUUAAAUUCGAUGCCAAUAUUCUGAUUCCAAACGGUUUGGGAACGAUUUCCGGCGCAGUCCAGCUCAUUUUGUACGCCACCUUCUACAGAACCACUCAAUGGGAAGACGACGAUAAUGACAGGCCGCGGUCGGAGGUCCAAGUGUCUAAUGUUUAG